GAGAGGAACAUAAACAACUUUAGGCAAGAAGCAUGGCGAGUCUUGGUGAACAGUGACCUUUCUGUGAUAAGAGGAUUAAAAAGAGUUACUGCAUUUAAAAUCAACUAAUAUGUACUGCAAUAUACUUCCUGACUUGAUGACCAGAGACUUUUCAUUUAGAAGAUGGAAACAUCCACGUCAGAUCACAGCGGUUCUGUUCAGAGCAACAUGAUAGCUCACACAGGAGGAAACAUCUGUCACACUGUACUCCAUGGAAAUAAUAUUCAAGGCUCGGUGAAUUUGACCAUUGUUCAGGGAGGUCAGGAUAUUUCUUGUUCCAGCACCAGUACAGUUCAGCCUAGAGGCUCUCCUGGUGCUUCUACUCUUACUGAAGAGUUAAUCAGUGAAUAUAAACAAAAACUGGAAAAGAAAUAUCGCAGCAUUAAUGAAGGAAUCUCACAGCAUGGAACAGCAACCUCUCUAAAUGAAAUCUACACAGAGCUGUACAUCACAGAGGGAGGGAGUGGAGAGGUCAAUAAUGAACAUGAGAUCCGACAGAUUGAGACAGCAUCCAGGAGACCAGCAACACAGGAGAUACCUAUCAAAUGCAAUGACCUCUUUAAAGACAAAUCCAUCAGAACUGUGUUGACGAAAGGAGUUGCUGGGAUUGGAAAAACAGUAUCAGUGCAAAAGUUUAUUCUGGACUGGGUUGAAGGAAAAGCAAAUCAAGACAUUCUCUUCAUAUUUCCACUUCCUUUUAGGGAGCUGAAUUUGAUAAAAAAACAGUUCAGUCUUAUGGAGAUUCUUCAUCACUUUUUCCCAGAUACAGAAAAACUAAAAUCAAUAAACUGUGAUGCUUGCAAAGUCAUGUUCAUCUUUGAUGGUCUGGAUGAAUGUCGACUUCCUCUAGAUUUCCAGAACAACGAGGAAAUGGUAAAGGGGAAGGUAACAGAUUCAAACUCAGUAGAUGUGCUGCUGACAAACCUUGUAAAGGGGAAUCUGCUUCACUCUGCUCUCCUCUGGAUAACAUCUCGACCAGCAGCAGUCAAUCAGAUCCCUCCUGAUUGUGUUGACCUGGUAACAGAGGUACGAGGGUUCAGUGACCCUCAGAAAGAGGAGUAUUUCAGGAAAAGAAUCAGUGACCAGGGUCUGGCCAAUAAAAUUGUCUCACACGUGAAGUCCUCCAGAAGCCUCUACAUCAUGUGUCACAUACCAGUCUUCUGUUGGAUUGCUGCCACUGUUCUAGAGGACAUGUUCAGAGAAGCAGAGAGGGAAGAGAUCCCCAAGACUCUGACUCAAAUGUUCACACGCUUCCUGAUUUUUCAGAUCAAAAGCAAGGACCAAAAGUACCAUGGAAAAGAUGAUCUUCAGAAUACUCUGGCACUGGGAAAACUGGCUUUCCAACAGCUGGAAAAGGGCAAUCUGAUCUUCUAUGAGGAAGACCUAAGAGAGUGUGGCAUUGAUGUCAAUAAAAUGUCAGUGUACUCAGGAGUCUGUACUCAGAUCUUCAGAGAGGAGUUUAAGCUGCACCUGGGGAAGGUGUUCAGCUUUGUGCACCUGAGCGUUCAGGAGUUUCUUGCUGCUUUAUAUGCAUUUCUCUCCUUCAUCGGCAGAGAUGCAACAAAACAGCUAAUCACUGAUCUUUCUGUUAUUUUCCAAAAGUCCAAAAUGUCAGACUUUCUCAAGUGUGCAGUGGACAAGGCCUUAAAGAGUAAGAAUGGACACCUGGACCUUUUCCUUCGCUUCCUUCUGGGCCUCUCACUGGAGUCCAAUCAGACUCCCUUACGAGGCCUACUGUCACAGACAAGAAACAGCUCCUACAAAAAAGAUCAAUUAGUGAAGUACAUCAAGAAGAAGAUCAGAGAGAAUCCUUCUCCAGAGAAAUCAAUCAACCUGUUCCACUGUCUGAAUGAACUGAAUGAUCAUUCUCUAGUGCAGGAAGUACAAACAUACUUGAACAAAAGAAAUGAAAGUUUUGUUAGUCGUUUGCAGGGACUCAAAUUCUCUCCUGUUCAGUGGUCAGCUCUGGUGUUUGUGUUGCUGAACUCAGAAGAAGAGCUGGAUGAGUUUAAACUGGGCAAAUAUGACAGAUCGGAUAAAGGUGUUCUGAGCCUGCGGCCAAUGAUUGAAGCCUCCAGAAGAGCUAAGCUGUGUUCCUGCGGUCUCACAGAAAAAGGCUGUGUAGCUCUGGCAUCAGCUCUCAGCUCAAGCUCCUCAAAUCUGAGAGAGCUGAACCUGAGUAAUAAUAUACGGCUGGGGGAUUCAGGAGUGGAACUGCUCUCUGCUGGAUUGAAGAAUCCACACUGUAAACUGGAGAAACUGGAGCUGGAUGGCUGUUAUCUCACACAUAAAAGCUGUGAAGCUCUGUCCACAGCUCUCAGCUCAAACUCCUCAAGACUGAAAGAGCUGAACCUCAGUGAAAAUGAACCACAGGAUUCAGGAGUGAAGCUGCUCUCUGAUGGACUGAAAAAUCCAAACUGUAAACUGGAAAACCUGAAUUUGAAUAGGUGUAGUCUCACAGAGAAAAGCUGCAGAGCUCUGGCCUCAGCUCUCAGCUCAAACUCCUCAAGACUGAGAGAGCUGUACCUACGUAGCAAUGAACUGCAGGAUUCAGGGGUGGAGCUUCUAUCUGCUGGACUGAAGAAUCCACACUGUAAACUGGAGGUACUGGAUCUGAGUCACUGUAAUCUCACAGAGAAAAGCUGUGUAGCUCUGGCCUCAGCUCUCAGCUCAAACUCCUCAGGACUAAGAGAACUGGACCUGAGUUUUAACAAACUGCUGCAGGAUUCAGGAGUGGAGCUACUCUCUGCUGGACUGACAAAUCCACACUGUAAACUGGAGAAACUAGACCUACAUAAGUGUAAACUCACAGAGAAAAGCUGUAAAGCUCUGGUCUCAGCUCUCAGUACAAAUUCCUCGAGUCUGAUAGAGCUGGACCUGAGUGGCAAUGAACUACAGGACUCGGGAGUGUGGCUGCUUUCUGCUGGACUAAAGAAUCCAUACUGUAAAUUGGAGACCUUGCAUCUGUGUAGUUGCAAUCUCACAAAGAAAAGCUGUGAAGCGCUGUCCUCUGCUCUCAGUUCAAACUCCUCAAGUCUGAGAGAGCUAAACCUGGAAAACAAUGAAUUGCAGGAUUCAGGAGUGAAGCUGCUCUCUGCUGAACUGAAGAAUUCACACUGUAAACUGGAAAAACUGGGGCUGUCUAAAUGCAAUAUUUCAGGGGAAGGCUGUGCUGAUCUGGUUUCAGCUCUAAAAUCAAACCCCUCAUCACACCUUAGAGAGCUGAAUCUAGACUGGAGUAAACCAGGAGAUUCAGGAGUGAAGGAGAUAUCUGGUCUGCUGCAGGAUCAACACUGUAAACUGGAGAAACUACAUCUGUAUGACUGCAGUAUUACAGGUGAAAGCUGUGUUGCCCUGGCUUCAGCUCUAAAAUCAAAUCCUUCAUCACGGCUGAGAGAAAUUAACCUGGACUCCAAUAAACUAGGAGAGUCAGAAGUGAAGCUGUUCUGUGAUCUACUAGAGGAUCCAAACUGUAAACUGGAGAAACUACAUAUCUGCACACCAUCUAGCUGAUAUGCUGUCACAGGCAGAGGGUUGUGAGGAGAGGAUAAAGUCUUAGUACACAUGCACCCACUGUAUGUAUAUAGUUCUGCAUAGGACUGUGUGUUUGUUUGGGCUCUUAUUGGUCAAAUCUGUUAACAUGACUGCAGCAAAGUGUGUGAUCUCCCAUGGCCAUCACUUCCUGUACAUCAGUAACUGCACUUUCAGUGACCUGUUCAUCAAACUCCUCACAUUGAUGGAUGAACUCACUUGGUGAGGAGAGUGGAGUGUGAUGAGCUACAUUUUAUAAUUCAUGUUUUUACAGAAAUAAAAGUGUAUUUGUUCCCGACCAUGAU